CCUGGUCAGAGCAGGUGUCAAGAUGUAAACCGAGAAGUUUGAGCAAACAAGGUGGAGGCUUACAACGGCUCCUGUUCGCUGCACAAAGACACAAUUGGCCUAAGGGGAGUCGGUCUCCUAGCAACCGGUCUCAAUCCACACCCCUCCCUGUCCCGUACGCAGAGCAGGUGAACUCCUCCCGUCUCCACCGGGAUUGCGGCCACAUCCCCGGAGGGACGAGCUCCGUUCCUGUCGCAGUCGCUGCCGCAGCCGCGUGGCGAGCAGGACAAGAUGGCCAACUCGGCUCUGGAGAUGCUGGGCCUCAUUCUGACGCUCAUCGGGCUGAUCGGGGUGGCGGCCAGCACCGGCAUGCCCAUGUGGAGAGUCACGGCCUUCAUCGGCGAGAACAUCAUCGUGUUCGAGACUCGCUACGAAGGCCUGUGGAUGAACUGCUUCAAGCAGGCCGACAUCAGGAUGCAGUGCAAGGUGUACGACUCCCUCCUGGCCCUGCCCCCGGACCUCCAGGCGGCUCGGGGUCUCAUGUGCUGCUCCCUGGCCCUGGCCGGCCUGGCGCUUCUCAUCAGCCUGGCGGGGCUGCAGUGCACGGCGUGCAUCCGCAACAACGACCGAGCCAAGCGACUGGUGCUCAUCGUCGCCGGGGCCAUGAUCUUCAUGGCGUGCAUCUGCGUGCUGAUCCCCGUGUCCUGGACGGGUCACGUCAUCAUCCGCGACUUCUACAACCCUUUGCUGAUCGACGCCCAGCGGAGGGAGCUGGGGGAGGCCCUCUACAUCGGCUGGGUGGCCGGCGCCUUCCUAUUCGCCGGAGGAUGCGUGUUCACCUGCUGCAACGUGCGGUCGGAAGGCAAAAGCGCGAGGGGCUACGUCUACUCCGGGAACUCGGACUACAUGGCGUACCCUCCGCAGCCCGUCCGGCCUCUGCAGCCUCAGCAACUGGUGCUGCUCCCUCAGGCCCAGGCUCAGCCCGUCCUGUCCAGACACCCCUCCGCCCAGGCCCAACCCGUCCUGUCCAGACACCCCUCCGCCCGGGCCCAGCCCGUCCCGUCUAGACACCCCUCCACCAUCUACAGC